AUGACGAUCCGCCUUGGCACCGCUGCCCUUUUCUUCGUGGUGGUGAUGGUGUGCCACAAAGACAGCAUAAUCCAUAUUAAGCAAGAGGAAGAGUUGUGCGCUGCAGAGCGGCAGGAGGAGGAGGCUGGAGAAGCUCCUGAAGAGCCCUGCCCGGCAGAGCAAGUGGUUUAUGAGCCUGAGGCUUCAAGUCAGGCCAAGAAAGGCGAGGAGGCGUACGCCAGGGAGCUGCCAGGCGCAGAGGGCGAGGACCUCCCAGGAGACCCCGACACAGGAUUUCAGACUUACGCAACCGACGUUUUAUCGUGGAUUAAACAAGAGGAGGAGCCGCGCUGCCCUGAACGACAAGACUUGGAGAAAGAAGAAAUCUCUACAGAUCCAAGUCUGGCGCACGAUGAAAGCACAAAGAGGGACCCCACAGCAGAUUGCUUCGAAAGUACGGCGUGUGACGCAGAGGUACCAGGAAGGCCUGGAGAGAAGUUUUCCAAGGAUCCCAGCCCCGGGGUGACGUGGGACAGUCAGUGGAAUUCAGAAAUGAUGGAAACAAACGCUGCCGGGAGCGGCCUUGGGGGCGACGCUCAGUACGAUCGAGGCUUCGGUGAGCACUUGGAUUUCUUCAGCGCUCAGGAAAACAGCGUCCGAAAGAGACCGUGCGCGUACAACAAAUGCGAGAGGAGCCCCAGCCAGCAGGAACAUCUUCAGGCUCCGCAGGGAGCCCGAGGAGGGGAGAUGUUCCCAGGCCCCGCGUGUGAGAAGAGCCUCGGCGAAAGGGUGUUCCAUCUGCUGCACUCGCAGCCGAGCGCUGCGGGUCUUCUGCGUGUGUUCGGUUUUCGGAAUCCUGGGAGGAGGGGGAACUGCGGGCGCUCGCCGAGCGUCCUCUUCUCGCCCGUGCUCGGCGUCUCUUUGCGGGGGGGAGAGCGCCGCUGGGAGCCCGGCGUGCCGUGA